UACUGUGUGUGCUGUACAGUAUCGCAUACAUUCGAACGUCGCCUUCACCGUUUGUGUUUUUGUUUCGCCCGUGCCCCGAAGUGGACGUGUGUUUUCCGUUCUCCGCCGUUCGUUUACCCGUCAGUGAAGAGUGAAGAAAAAAAUAUUCUGUUCGAUUUUUUGGACAUAAAGUUAUAAAACGGGAUAUCAAAACCCGUAUCACCCGGUAAAAUACGUCGCGACGACUGAAAACGCAAUCGUUUUUUGUGGGGGUGGUGGUUGAGGGCUGGUUUUUGCAUCGAAAGACCUAAAGCAGUUCCACGGGUCAAUUUUGCUCGGUUGCGUAGUGGAAGUGGAAAAGCCCUUGAAAAGUUUGUUCUCAUAGUGAGUGAAUGCCAAGCAUAUUAUGAUAGAGCUAUCGUGAUGUAAAUAAGCGUCUGGUUUGCAUAGUUAAUUAUAAUGUUAGUGAAAAAACUGUAAAAAGUGCUGUGCUAACAGUAUCGGCGAUGAGAGAGAAAAGUGAAGGUUAAAAGUUGCUAAUCCAGUUUUUAUUACCGCUGCUGCAAAUAUCAUCGCUAUCGAUAGCUAUAAAUUUGCACGAAAAGUCAAGGUGCAAAGCGGAAGGAUUGAAAUCAAAGCGGAUUUGCGGAGGACGAUCAACCACCAUCGUCGUCGUCGUCAUCAAUAUUAUUAACAUUUUGGAACAAAGAUAGCACAAUGAAUUCCGACCCGGAGACGGCAUGGCUCGAGGAACUGCUGCAGGACGUACAGUUGGAGCAGUUCCUCUCGCGGCUGCGAGAUGAUUUGCAAAUCACCCGGUUGGCACAUUUCGACUACGUACACGUGGACGAUCUGGAGAAGAUCGGCUUGGGCAAGCCGGGCAUCCGUCGCCUAAUGGAAGCGGUUAAGAAGAAAAAAGCUCAACAGUGGCGGCGGAAUAUCCUGUGCAAACUGAUCGGCGGAGGGAAACAGCAGCCGCAAAAGAAAAGUGCUGCUUCCUCUGGUUCACGGGAAAAUGAAGAGCCUUCGGCUCUGGCGUUAACCUGUUUGAUUCACGAGAAAGAUGUCACGAUGUCGGUCAAGCUUGGUGAUGGUUCUUUCGGAGUGGUUCGGCGAGGUGAAUGGCAUGCCCCGGGAGGACAAAUUGUGCCCGUGGCGGUGAAGGUUUUAAAGGCUGACACUUUGGCUCAACCGGGGGUUAUUGAGGAUUUCUUUAAGGAAGUUCAAGCAAUGCAUGCGCUGACCCACUCGAAUCUGGUUCGACUGCAUGGGGUUGUACUGUCGCAACCGAUGAUGAUGGUCACGGAACUGGCUGCCAACGGGUCGCUGCUGGAUACGUUGCGAAAGCAGUGUCGCUGCACUUCACUUCCGUUGAUUUGGAACUGGGCCGUUCAGGUUGCUACGGGGAUGGCCUAUCUGGAGAGUAAACGGUUUCUGCACAGGGAUUUGGCCUGUAGAAAUGUACUGCUGGCAUCGGGGAAUAAAAUUAAGAUCGGAGACUUUGGGCUGAUGCGAGCGCUUCCGCAGCAGGAGGAUUGUUACGUGAUGACCGAACACAAGAAGGUACCGUUUCCGUGGUGCGCACCGGAAUCGCUGCGCUAUCGACAGUUUAGUCACGCUUCGGAUACGUGGAUGUUUGCGGUUACGCUGUGGGAGAUGUUUACCUUCGGGGAGGAUCCUUGGGUGGGACUAAAUGGGUCACAAAUUUUGAGGAAAAUCGACAGGGAGGGUGAGCGGUUGCACCAUCCGGAUGCAUGCCCACCGGAUGUGUACCAGCUGAUGCUGCAGUGCUGGGAUAAGACCCCGGCCGAACGGCCCACUUUUGCCGCUAUUAAGGAAUUUUUAACGGCAACUCCUCCGCCGAUCUAUCGAGCAGUGAUGAAUUACAGUGCGGAUAAUCGAUUGACACUCGAACAGAAUGAUUCGAUAGCUAUUAUUGAUGAUAGACCAGAGCUCCAGUUUAUCAAAGGUCAAAAUCAGCGUACUUAUGAAAUUGGUACAUUUCCCAGAAAUGCGGCAAUCGACAGUUCUAAACAACAUAGAAGCACUACCGGCACCAUUAGUCGACCUUUGCAUGACUCUUUCCGACAUACAGCGCACGGAACGCCAUUCGGGAAAUCCUGGGGCAAUCCAAGUACUUUAGAGAUGAAUGGCGAAGUUAAGUUAAGAAGCAAAAACAAGGACACCGUAAAUGCUGACCGCCGUGGCAAGUGUGUAUCGGAGCAGUACGUGAAGGAGCGCAAAAGCAAUGCCAGCAAACAAUUUGCCUACAAUAAGCUGGUCAACGAGAACCACCACAAACAGCAGCAUCAGCAGCAGCUGUUGAAAGACUGCAAAAACCGUCCACUGCGACCCCCGCAGCCACACAAUCCACCGGCAAAUGCGCCAGGUGGUGGUACAGCGGAAGGAAUUCUUAUCGAUUUGUCCUCUCCAGGGGAAGCUCCCAUCAUAGGUGCAGCACAUCCCCUUCAGUCUGCUAUUUUGACUGCCAGUGGAAGCGGAAGACAGCAAUUUACCAGUAUUCUUGAUGAACCGAUUGAUGUGCCAACGGUAGAGGAGGAUGAGCCGUCUCUAGUCGUGGAGGAGCAACAGCAACCGACACGGCUUCACCCGCCUCCCUAUCAGAUGCCACCUAAAUAUACGAAUACCAUGAACAUCACCGACGCCGGUGGAUCGGAGGCUGAUCCUUUCGAUACGCGGACAGCGUACGGAGGAACCGUAGAAACUACGAAUGUCACUUCGGAUUACGAGAGUGAAGCUUCUAGUGUGGUUAGUGCACGCGAAUUGAUGGCUUCCAUCAAAAGACAGCAAACUUUGGACGAAUCGGCGGCUGGCAGCAGUGGCCUGGUACCUGCCGUUGCACCUGUUUACGGUAAUGUCAGUAGUGGAGCCGUAUCGAAGAUUAGUUCUCACUAUGGGAAAGUUAGUAACUUUGAGGAACUUUCUAACUCGAUGAUGGCCAGCAUGGGAGGACAAAACCAGUCGGGAAGCUCAUAUGGCAGUGCAGAACAGGAAUUGAACGAUUCACUGGAAGUUAAUUUAAGUAACUUGUCGCUAGACGGAAACAGCCAAAGUCUGUUGAACAUAACUCCGAAAAAGUUAGACAAAACAUUCCUAGCAGAGCUCGAGAAGGAUAUUUAUAAAGACAGCAAUAGUUUGAAUAACUCUCAAACAUAUGUAGCUAAAGCUACAAGCAGCAAGGAUGGUAUGAACCAGAUUUCCAAUCUGAUGAGCUCGCUUUCAAAGUACGACAGCACCGGUGCUUUUGAGAACUACCACGAGUCGGCGGGAAACAAAAGCUUGAACGCAAGCUUGCAUCAAGUGUACGCAAACAACUCGGUGGCGGCCGAAAGCUUUCAGCGAAAGAACUACGAAAGCAGCAGCGCAACUGCUGCUGCGGCACAGAGCAUGCUUUCGCCAAAGAAACAAAACGCACCACCUGCGGUGGCUGACACUAGCAGUGUUGUGACUCAGAUGUGGAUGGAACGCAACUCGGCAGUAUCGACGAGUGGAAAUGAACUGUUGACGUACGGAAAUCUCCCCAGCGGUGGUUCGUCUCCUCAAAAAACGCACAACUAUGUAGCCGUCUCUAAUCGUCCCUUGUCGCGGAUACAAAAUGACACUCGACUGUACGGUUCCACCCCUAACAUGGCCGCCUUGAACCUAGCUGCACAGCAGCUGCAACUGCAGCAGCAACAACAACAAGCAUCACAACGCUACGGGCUACCGGAGAGUGGAACUAUUCCCCCGGCGGCGACCAACAUCUACAAUAGCGUGUACAACGGCAACGACGUUUACUCUACCAUCGGUAGUGACAUCUAUGACACGGUUGCCGCAACGCCAGCUUCCUACUACGAACGAGUUCCUUCCAACAAUUCGGCACAAUCACAACAGCAACAACAACAACAGUUGUUGUACAACAACGUUAGUCAAUUACCACCACCACCACCGGCCAUCUAUGACGAAGUCUACAACGACGAUCUACUGCGACCGACGCGGCCGGCACCGUCUGCACCGCUCUCCGCUCAGCAGAUUCAGCGACGGCUCGAUCGGUUGGCGCAGCAGGAUCAAGCGGUCGCCGAUCUGCUCGGUGAACUGGGCGACGAAGCGGACGAACAGGACGCCCGGGAUGCGCUGACGGCGGUCAACUGGGAUCAUACGCUGGCGGUGCGGUACUUCAAGAUCGAGCGACUUUGUCGCCUCGGCGUGGCCAACCGUACCAAGUGCGAAGAAGCGCUACUGAAGACCGGUUGGAGUGUUCAACUCGCUGCUUCUAUACUGCUGGAAACUUAAGGCGCUUUUUCACCUCUCGUCAUGAGUGGAGAGCUGUGGAGACGCUACGCUAAGCUACGUCGUUCGGUAAGCAUCCAUUCGAGGUUUGUUAUUACUCCACUCCACGUUGAACAACGAUCUUUUUUGCGAUUUUUAAUUUGGUCGUAUUAUACACAUAGGAAGUCAUCACACUGGUCUGUAGCCUUUCGGUUCACCUUUUACUGAGCAUGGCAAUGUAGAUAUUUAUUUUAGUUGAAUAGUUGUACGAUUUGAUCUGAAAAUAUUUUUUCCUUCUUAUGUACAAACCUACUUCUCUAACAGAAAGCAAUUUAUGAACAAGUCUCAAUUACUCAAUCGAUGCCAAUUGACGGAGUCGAAAUCAAUUAUUAUCGAAUUACCUUAACCGAUCUGUCUAACUUCGAAAGUAGACGCAAGAAUCUCUAACGGAAAUCGAAAUCAAAUCAAGCAAUUAAAUGCUCUCUCCCUCACUCCCACCCUCCAAAAAGUAUUAUUGCAUAAACGGUUUUUAAUGAACAGAAUCGGCAACUAAACAAAAAGCCACAUCUUGAACGGUAACAGGUAUCAUCGGCUCUUUAAUAUACCACAGGAGAAAAUCACAAAAACACAACUAAAAUUCACAGCAUCGCUUCACGAUGAUGACUUCAGUUUAAAUAAACGAAUGAGGCAACGAAGCAAAACUGAACAAUUCGAGAGCUUUUCUUUUACCGACCGAGCAACCACCACCGAACCGAACUGCUGAUCCGCGGGAAAACAAUAGUUAUUAUAAGUUUCGUUCAACGUUUGAUAACGAGAAUGUUGGCGAUUAAAAAAAAUCGUUGGUUGUAUCACCCCCCUAUAAGGUAGCGAUACUGUUGAACAUACUGAUUUUAAAAAACCGUUUUGCUCUUUCGCUUAUAUCUAGCAUAGUUAGAUAGGUUUAAUGAUGAAAGCCGCCAACAAACAACACAAAUAUCCAGUUAUGGGGUGCGGAUGAAACAUUCGCCACCACCAUUAGGUUUUAGGAAACUAUCAGACGUCGUUGUUAUACCUACUACUUAAUCACUAACAAUAUCGAUAGGCUCACGGAAGAACACACAGUGUACAGUUAGUUUAAUCGGGAGAAAAAAAAUUCCCAUCAUCAAUUAGAGCAUUGCUGGAAUAAAUCUAGAACAUUUGGAACUGAGCUGCGCACAGGCGAACAUUACUUCUGUAUGUUCGCUUAUGACUGUGAAUGGGUAGAAAAAAAAACCUAACUGAAAUAGUCUAUUUACAUGUUACGAGAAUGCUUUAAAAAUAUAUUUUAAA